CGUGUAGAAAUGGAGCACUGUGAUCCGCAAGUACACCGAAAGGAUAUGAAAAAUAAAGGAAGAAAUGUUGUGUGGUCAAUUGCAAUGGAUAAAUGCCUAAUUGAAGCUCUGGUUGUUCAAGCAAAAAAUGGAAACAGAAUUGACAAAUGUUUCAGUGAAAAUGCAUAUGCUGCUGUCUGUGUAGCUGUAAACACUCGUUUCAACUUAAAUUUGAAUAAUCAGAAAAUUAUCAACCGUCUGAAGACACUUAAGAAGAGGUAUAAAGUAAUAAAAGAUGUGCUAAGUCAAGAUGGUUUCUGGUGGAAUCCAAAUACAAAGAUGAUCGAGUGUGAUCGUGAUGAGCUUUGGAAGAGAUAUGUUUCGACACACCCUGAUGCAAAAGGAUUUCGCGGAAAGCAGAUAGAUAUGUAUGAUCAGCUUAAAGUUGUUUGUGGGAAUGAUCAAGCUCCUGGUCCCUCAUUUGCAUAUCCCAGUUCAGAAAACAUAAGUGAGACAGAUGGAACUGAGUCUUACAGUGUGCCUCCAGAGUAUGGUCAGAUACCGGAGCCUCCUGCGGUUCAACCUCUGAGACAACUUCCCAAACGUCCUUGCAGUUCAGAUGCUCUUCAGGAUGCAUUGAUGACGGUGGCAUCAAGCAUACAACGAUUGGCUGAUUCAAUGGAGCACAUCAAAUGCACAAUUGAUGCUGCAGAGCUAUUUCAGGCUGUGAUGGAGAUAGAUGGGUUGGAAGAGGGAAAACAGAUGUAUGCAUUUGAAUAUUUAAAUGUUGAUCCUGUCAAAGCCAGAGCUUUCCUGACUUACAAUUCUAGGAUGAGAAAGAUAUACAUGUUUAAACAGUUCUGGUGGUGGAGGGGAGGGUGA